UGACAUUUCACAAAUGUGUUGACGUUUCAAAACUGCAAUUUCCACUUGUAAAUUUUAAAGUCGAUUAGAAAUUUACUUUUACAGAAAUUAUUAUAAAAAAUGGAUCUAAUUUUGUUAGUUGGAAUUGCCAUUGCUCUCCUGGUCAUCAUAAUAACUAUUUAUUUAUUACAAAAGAAAUCAACUCAAACAGGUGACAAAACAAAACAACAACACCACCAACAAAGACCAACUGCAGUUCGUGCAGCCGAGGGAAUCCCACGACGUGCUCAAAUAGCUCGCAAUCAACGUAAUCGCCUACGUACCAAUGCAGCAGCAAAUGUUGCUGAAGAUCAAGACGACGACGAUGUCGAAGAAGUUGAAGCAGGUCCUUCAACAAGUCAUGAAUUCCCAGAAGAGAAAAUGGGUGCCAAGAAGCGAGCUAAGCUCGAAGCCAAGGCAGAUAAACGAAUGCAACGCGAACAAGAAAUGAAAUCCAAGGAAGAACGCAAAGCCCGUGAAGAGAAAUUAGAUGAAGAACGAAAGAAGCAGGAAGAAAAAGAAGCUGAAGAUGAAAGAAAGGCAGCCGAAGCUGAACGUUUGGCUCGGGAAGAACGUGAACGAAAGGAACAUGAAGAAUACUUGAAGAUGAAGGCUGCUUUUAGCGUUGAAGAGGAAGGUUUUGAGGAAGGUGAAGAAAGUGAAAAAGAAAACUUGCUCCAAGAAUUCAUUCAAUAUAUCAAAGACAACAAAGUAGUUGUUUUAGAAGACUUGGCAACACAUUUCAAACUCAAGACACAACAAGCUAUUGAUAGGAUCACUGAACUUCAAGCAAACGGUUCGAUUACAGGAGUAAUUGACGAUCGAGGUAAAUUUAUUUAUAUCACCGAAGAUGAACUUUUAGCUGUGGCCAAGUUUAUAAACCAACGAGGACGAGUUUCUAUAUCAGAGUUGGCAGAAUGCAGUAAUAAUUUAAUAAACUUGACUCCAGAUAGUAAAUAAUUAAGGAUGGGAAGGUUUUUAGAAUUUUAGAAAAAUUUUUG